AUCAGCUCGCUCUUAAAUGGGCCAAAAAGAGGCGGGGCAUGUGGCAGCUGCUUGUGAGGCUGCACGGUACUGGCUGUGCGGUGCUCCAUCUCUGCAGCAAAGAUGUCUCACACUUCCCAGAAGCACCGGGACUUUGUGUCUGAGCCCAUGGGCGAUAAACCAAUUACAGCAAUAGCCGGUAUUGGAGAAGUUCUUGGCAGCAAAUUAGAAGAACAAGGAUUUGAUAAGGCAUAUGUGCUUCUGGGACAGUUUCUUAUGUUAAGGAAGGAUGCAGAUGAUUUCUUUAAAGACUGGUUGAAAGAUGCGUGUGGAGCAAAUUCCCGUCAAGCAGAGUUAUGUGCCUCUUGUCUGAAAGAAUGGUGUUCAUCCUUCCUCUGAAGAUUCUCAUCAACGAUAAAGUUAUAUAUUUAUUGACAUUCAGUUUUACAUUAUAUCAGCUUAUAUCUCCUAAACUGUUUGCUAAGGAAUAAACAUUUAAUGUAAAGCGAUCUCUGUGCAGCC